GGUGGCACGGGGGGAGGGGACAGUGGAGCGGGGAAAAGACACAGUGGAAGGUAAGCGCUGGAUGUUGAACGAUGGAGAGGAGAUUGUAAUAUGCGUUAAUGUGGGUGAAGGUGGCCGGCCCAUUCCUCUCCUGCCUUGCCCUGUGCUCCGUCCUCGCCGCAAAGCCCCCACAGGGAACCCCACAGGCACCCCCACAGACCACCACCCCCACACCUCCAACCUCGCAACUCUCUCCCCGCCUGCACAAACGUUAUCAUCCAGCAAAACAUCAUUUGAUCUUUCGCUGGUGUGUGACGAGGAAGGAGAUGGGGGGUGACGCGUACCUCCCCCCUGCCCCUCCCUCUGGCCUGUACCCGCCCCUGCACCACCUGGACGACCACAGGGAGACGUUCGGCCCAGUGGUGCUCGAGCCGGGAAAAAUAGCCGAAAAGGUGCAGAAAACUCUUCCGUUCGUCGUCCAAUCGGGAGACAGACACCACAGCUCACACGUGGACCCCUCAGCCCUCGCCCGCAGCCUUCACAGCCCCCCACAGAUACCCCUACCAGUCCCCAGUCAGAGUAAACAGCCCUCGAAAGUCCCUCUGACACCUUUAGUUAUGUCCACAUACCCCGCACUGCCCCAACAGACCCCAGGAACCCCCAGCGCAGCCCUCACAAGCCCCUGUUCCGCCCCCAAGGACUAGAAGAUCCACAUCAAAGGGUGAUAUUAAAAUGACUGUUUCUGGUGGACUUGACGCAGCUGGCCUGAGGAAAGUCCACCAUGAUUGUGUUAUUGUGCCGGCUAAAGACAUUCAGCCGGAAGUGGAAGAGGGUGGGAAAAUCCUCCUGCUCCACCACAACACUCCACCGCUCCACUACACGCACACACAUACCAACUCGCGGCUCCACGCACACUCGGAUUCGCACAUACACAAACACACUCGCACACAGCCGCAAGAAACCGUACUUACAAGCGCACUCAGAGAGGCACAUACGCGCACACGUCCACGGCGACUCACAGACGCGUACAUACCCGCAGCUGACACCACUGCACACACAGUCAGACACACACAUACACACACACACACAGCUACCAACACCAACCACACAUUCUCACUCAGACACACACAUACACACUAAGUUGGGUGUGGAAAAACAGUGCUAUGAGGUGUGGUGGCCUUACUAGGGUGCAGGGUGCUCAAGUGACCUGUCUACCGCACCCUGUCGACACGCGGCGCAGGGUCAGGUCAAGGAACGUGGGUCGCGAGUCGGCGCGUGACCUGACGAAGCUGGAGGAGGAAGUCGCUAGUUUAUCCAAGACAGACACACCCAAAGGAGAUGUUUCUACCGUCUAUAAAGGCCAAUGUUCAGGUUCCUAGGGCUCUUCAGACUGCUGGGGGGCUGGGCGUCGCAUCCUGUGGGGCAAGGGAGGCCACACAGACGCACAGACGCCACCACAGUGACCCAACAAAUGGUGUCUUUACAACCUCACCAGUCCCAAACUUAAAGGACGUCUUGGAGGAGCAGACAGAGAGUAAGACACCUGCGCACCCCCACGCCUGCAGGGAAGGAUGUGGCGGCAGGUGUGGAUGCAGGUGUGGAGGUGGCGGAGGUCCAGCCGGCAGAGAGGGAGGGUGAUGAGCAGAUGGAGGCGCGGGGGGCAGGCAGUGAUGGAAGCCAGCGAGGACCCAGUGGUUAUUAACAUGCCAAAAUGCACAUACACCAGCACCAUCACCACCACCACCAGCACCACCACGCAGCAACAUGGAUUAGCCGGAUCGCUGUUGGGGGGCAUACUGGAUCACUACUCGUCUCCAUUCAUCCUGCACGCCACCACACAGACACAGCGCUGGGAGGACUCACUAAGACAAGACCUCUCCUCUGCCGCCCUCCACUCCCCUCUGGACCCUCAGCUGGCGGAGGCGGGGUGGCGGUGGUGGCUGACACAGAUUCCUGGGAGGUGCAAGUGGUUUCCUCUCAUUCCUACGUGGUGGGGGGCAGCGGCGGCAGCAGUGGGGUGGUGGGGCUGAGGGUGGACGCCUCACCUCUUAUCUCUUCUAUCACUGAUUCAGUCCUCGAUCUCACAAGACUCGGCAGCAGUCCACUGUUUAUAGUACAGCAUUUCGAAGAGCUUUUGAGUGAACUGUACUUAAAAUCACAGCUCUUAGCACAGUACCUCCUGGGGGGGUGCUGUGGGAGGAGGCGGAGGGGCCACAGCAGCCCCCUACCACCUCCCUGACCUCACACGCGCCUUGGGUCUUGACGUAAACGAUCUAUACCUUUGCUCCUGGCUGUGGCCUCGACACACACACCCACUCUGACACACAUGUACGGCCUCUGUAUCCGGGUGAUUGGUCGUUAAGGUGUGUUAGGUGUUCCAGGUGUGUGUGUGUGUGUGUGUGUGUGUGUCAGCCAUCUAUGCACUCUAAGUUGAAGGAAGUUUGUGAUAGUUUAAUUGAUACUGGGUGUGUGUGUGUGUGUGUGUGUGUGUGUGUGUGUGUGUGUGUGUGUGUGUGUGUGU